AGAGCGCGGUGUCGAGUCGGCGGCGGCCGCACGCUGCUUCCACGGCGAGAGACGUGUCGCGACGCGACAGAGAGUACAGCGGGGAAACGCAUCGCGAAGGGCUCGUCGCACCCACGGGAGCUGCGCCAUCGGCCGCUAUCCGCGGCGUCGACGGAGGAUCCAACUGCGCCGGAAAGGUCCGGUGCGGCUGACGGGGGCCGAGCGGCGCUCCAUCGACCGCGCCUCGCGCGCCGGAAGUCCGGCGGCGCCAUGCUGCGGCGCUGGCUGGCCGCGACGCUGGCGCCCCUGGCGGUGGCGCUGGCGGCGGCGGCCGACCCGCGGCUGCACUGCCAGCGCACCACUCCCAGCUCGGCCAGCAUCGGCGUGCUCUGCCUGCACGAGCAGGAGUACCGGCUGCGGCUGUCCUACACCAACGCGUCGGCCGGGGCUGACUCGCGCCUGCUCAUCUGGUGCAACCCGCUCUUGGCGCGCGCUGAGGACUACGAGGCGCUGUUCGACCUGGACCUGCGCCUGGGCGACGUAAGCAACGUGGUGCUCAGUCUGUGCCCGCUACCGGCCGGUCGUCUACGGGACUUCUUCCGACGACUCGGCCUUACCGGCGUCGAGCUGGUGAAGGUGCAAUCGCACGACGUGCUCAACGACACCAUGCCGGCAGACUUCAUGGACGGUGUCGACGUGGUCACGCUGCACCUGGACAGCCUGACGCGCAUCGAGCUGCACGACGACUUCUUCGGCUCGGUCGGUGACCUGCACAACCUCACCAUCACAGGCACCAACGUCAGCCUGCCGGAGGGACUGUUCCGGCCGACGCCGCGCCUGCGCCGCCUCGGCGUGUGGAACUUGAACGCCGGCCGGCUGCCGACGGCGCUCCUGCACGGUUUGCACAAUCUGACGCGGCUGUCCGUGGGACGGAACAGCCUGCGCACGCUCAGCAGGGCCCACUUCCGCGACCUGGCGCGGCUGCGCCACCUGGACCUGUACAAAAACCAGCUGGAGACGCUGCCGGCCGACGUGUUCGCGCCGCUGCCCAGUCUGGAGGUGCUGCGCAUGGAGUGUAACGCGCUGCGCUCGCUGCCGGAGUCGCUGUUCCAGAGCACGCCGCGGCUAAAGCUACUGCGUGUCAACGGUCACGUGGUCGUUGGCAACCUGUCCACCCUGCCGGCCGGCAUCUUCAGAGGCCUGGACCAGCUCGAGCUGCUGAUGAUCGACCGGCUGGGUCUGCAGCAGCUGCCGGACGGCCUAUUCAGCGGGCUGGUCUCGCUGAAGAACCUGACAAUUGACCACAACCAGGUGUCGGACUUGCCGGACAACACGUUUGCCGGUCUGCGGAACCUGCGGAACCUGGACCUGAGCAGCAACCGGUUGCGCACGCUGCCUGCCGGCCUGCUCAGGGAUCUGGUCAGCCUGGACACGUUGUACCUCCACGACAACGGGCUGGCGAGUUUCCCGGCGGAGAUGUUCGCUCAUACGCCCGCGUUGGGGCGGCUCUUCAUGCAGGACAACGACUUGACAUCCCUUGGCCGGGGCUCGUUCGUGGGACUAGCGAAGAGCCUGACGCUGCUUGAUCUAUCCAACAACAGUCUGUGGAUGGAUGCAUAUGAGCCGGCUUUCGCCGAAAUCGGACAGAUUCAAGAACUGCGCCUGCAGCACAACAAGAUUGACCAGAUCCCCUAUGAAAUACUAUUGAAUCUGCUGAAGCUUAAGAGGCUCGACCUGCGCCACAACUUGCUGGAUAUUCUGCAGAUUGCCGACUUCAAUUUCGUCUGCCGAGAUGCCGAUAUAUACAUGCAGCACAACAACGUCUCCACCAUUUACAUGUCCCUGACGGCCCCGCUUCAGAACCCGAGCGCGCAGAACCGGAUCCACCUCGCCGACAACCCGUUCGUCUGCGACUGUAACGCGGUCACUCUGAAGCAGUUCCUGGAGCGGAGCGGGCCGUUCGCCGACACCGAGCCGACGGACAACUCGUUCCAGCUGGCGACGGACGACCUGCGGUGCGCCCGGCCGGCUCCGUUGGCCGGCAGGCGCUUCAGCAGCGUGUCGGCCGACCACCUGCUCUGCGCGUACGAAGUCGGCUGCACGCCGGGCUGCAGCUGCGUGGUGCAUCCCAGCGAUAGCACCGUAGUUGUGUCGUGCCCGCAGGUGCCGGCCGGUCCGCUGCCAGAACUCGACGACCUGCCGGCCUCCUUUGGCCUCACGCUGCGCGUCGAGGGUGCGCAGAUUCGGCGGCUCAACAUGACGCUGGCGACGGCGCCGCCCUCGUCGAACGAGACGCGGCCGCCGACGCCGCUCUUCAACAUCCAGCUCAACCACAACGCCAUCAGCGAGCUGACGCCCGACCUGCUCCCGCCUGGCCUGCUACGGCUGAGCGUGCAGUACAACAACAUCUCUCACAUCGGCAAGCACUUCCUCGAGCUCCUAGACGCCGCCGAGAACAACGAGACCCAGGUGUGGUUGGGACACAACCCGUACGCGUGCGACUGUGCUCUGAUACCGUUGCACCAGUAUCUGCAGCUGCACGUUAGUCGAGACACGCUGCGCAUCGUGGACGCUGAUCAGAUGACGUGCGCCGGCCAGAACCGGAGCCUGCUGGAGAUGCAGCCGACCGACCUGUGCCCCUCGCACACGGCCACCAUCGUGGCCGUCUGCGUGGUGGCGUUCGUCAUUGCCAUUUUCCUGCUGCUUUUCUCUAUCGUUUACCACCGACACGGCGAGAUGAUCAAGGUGUGGCUGUACGCGCACAAUCUCUGCCUCUGGCUGGUCACCGAGGAGGAGCUGGACGCCGACAAGAAGUACGACGCGUUCGUCAGCUACUCGCACCUGGACGAGGAGUUCGUGGUGGAGCAGCUGGUGCCGCAGCUGGAGCAGGGCGAGCCCAAGUACUCGCUGUGCCUGCACUUCCGCGACUGGCUGGCCGGCGAGUGGAUCACCGACCAGAUCCAGCAGUCGGUGCAGGACUCACGGCGCGUGAUCGUCGUCAUGUCGCAGAACUUCAUUCGCAGCGAGUGGGGCCGGCUGGAGUUCCUCACGGCGCACAAGCAGGCGCUCAACGACAAGCGCAACCGAGUGAUCGUGGUGGUGUAUGGCGAGCUGCCCGACCCGGCCGGCAUGGACCCCGAGCUGCGGCUCUACAUCAGCAUGAACACGUAUCUCAAGUGGGGCGACGCCCUCUUCUGGGAGCGCCUGCGGUACGCGCUGCCGCACAAGGGGCGCCGGCUGAAGGCAGCCCGCCGCCGCCAGCGCUCCGAGAAGCUCGGCUUGAUCGGCCGCGAGAACGGCGCCGGCCCGACCGUCUCCAACGGCGAGCUCGGCGGCAAGCUGGACGACCAUGUGGUGUAGGCGGGCCGCGGGCCGCGCGAGUGAGUUCUAGUCAGCGGCGCCCGGCGGCCGGGUGCUGGGCGGCGAGUGAUGCUGUCGCGCCGCCUCGUCGGACGACGGCGGGUCGGGAGGGUGUCCGCCUUCGCCGCCACGGGGGUGUGCCGUCGCGUCUCGCCAGCUGUCCCGCAGCCCAGCUGGGUGGUGUCGAGCGUCUGUGAUAUUUUGCGCGUGCUCGACUCAGCGUCCUUGCUUUUGUUGUAUGCGACGUUCAUGUCGUGUCGUUCCUCAGCGCUUCCCGGUCCUGUACAUUGGGACAUUCGCUGCAGUAUGUGCUGUUCUCAACUCAUUGCCGUACACGUUGCAUGCUGUGCAAACUGUCAUCGCUUGUCAGAUUGUUUGGCUUAUGUGGAAUACUACGUGUACAUAUAUCCUUCUACUGGUCAUGCUUCGGCGGGCAGGUGGGCAGCGUUACCUGCUGUUCUCAGAGGCCCAUAUUGAUUUCUGGUCGCCGCGUGGACGUGGCAAGAAGGCCACAGGGGGAGGGGGUGCCUGGCGUCAUCAGUGCAGCACCACCGUACUUUCCACUCAUAACCGGCUGCCGUAGACUGCUAAGCCCCGACGGAUGUCACGACUUGAGACUGCCGAGAAGCCCCACACGGCGCAUGCGCCGCAGACGACGAGGCGCCAGACGUUCCGCGACAACCAGCAGCCGCAACUCAUGCCUUUUGCAACUGUGGACGGCUCUGGGUAAUCGAGCAGCGCGACGGACAUCGCAAGAUGCUGCGCACUUUACCCACGUUCACCGGUUCUAGGUAAGGUUUGGAACGAAGGCUGGCCGGUCAUGUUGAACCCACACGGCAAAAAGGCCUCUGUCUGAAAAUGUCUCCCAACGCAUAAACGUCUCCAUUCUGUGGCUUCUUUGUGAUACAAUACGUAAAAAUCCGAGCAUUCGUUCUUGGUAAAUUUAACUAUGACGAAGUUAGCCACGUGUUUGUUUCUGGAAUCUCUCACUUCUCCGAACUAAAAGUGAGCCAACCCGUUUCGAAAAUAUAUGUGCGGUACAUUAUCGAGGACGUAUAUUUCAUUUUCAGGACACGAAGAUUUCAUUACAACACCAGCGCUCAUAAACAUCGCCAAGUUCACAGAAGUUCCUUACUCAAUGUCGGCAGCUGUCAUGGAAUAUGAACAAGGCACUUAAAUGACGCCAAACGGAGUUAUGUUAACUUUGCCUGCGGGUAAUCUAGUAAUCCCUUGGCCUACCGUACCGCGAACCCAGACCAUCAAACAGCACAGUGUACAAAGUGCAUUACUAAUCUUUGUAUUACUGGUUGACCACACGAUCACGAAAGCCUCCUCUCAGCUGCGGGCUGGGAUAUGCUCCCAGUCACGACAGAAAAAAUAACGAGCCCUCCUGCUCUCAAGAGAAG